AUGCCUCCCACGCUGCUGCAGAACAUGCGCACUCCUUGGCCUUUCCAUACUUGGGGGCUUGACUUAAUUGGGACAAUCCAUCCACCUUCUGACGGUUACAUAUGGAUCCUCACUACCACGAAAUAUUUCACGAAGUGGGUCGAGGCAAUUCCUCUUCGAAAGGCCACAGGGGCUGCUAUCUCAAAUUUUAUCCGAGAAUACAUCGUGUGCAGGUUUGGAAUCCCAUACAAAAUUGUUACUGACAAUGGCACACCGUUUGUUAACAAGCAAGUGAGCUCGACACUUAGCGGCUACGGUAUCAAGCAUCGUCGCUCCACACCUUAUUACCCACAGGAAAACGGUCAAGCGGAGGCCACCAACAAGACUAUACUGAGAAUUUUGAGCAAAAUGGUAUAUGAGUACGAAGGUGGUUGGAACAUUCAUCUGCCAGAUGCCUUAUGGGCUUACUGCACCGCUCCAAGAAGUGCCACAUGCUUCUCGCCUUAUUCACUCGUAUAUGGGUCCGAUGCCAUCUCACCUAUGGAGAUCACCACUCCCACUGCCAGAGUAUCAGCUGUCAACGAUCUUGAAUGGGAUGUGAAGUCAUGCUUGGACUGGCGCUUAGUGGAUCUCGAAGCUGUGGAUGAGAAAAGGGUAGAAGCUGAAAGAAGGGUGGCACUUUACCACAAAACUGCUACCCAAGCAUACAACAAGACAGUCAAGCCUCGAGCCUUCAAGCAAGGAGAUCUCGUGCUAAAAGUCGUUGAGCAUGUAAGAAGACAAGUGUCGGGACCUUCCAAGUUUGCUCCGCAAUGGGAAGGCCCGUUUGCAGUCAAGGAAGUACACAUCAGUGGCUAUUAUCGCUUGAUCUCCGUCAAGGAAGGCACGCUAACGGAUCCCAUCAAUGGAAAGUGGCUCAAGCCUUACUAUUGCUAA